CAGAGCAUUUGAAAUAAUUUAUUAAUUUAAUAGGUUAUAAUGUAUAUAUAUAAAGCAAGAAAAUUUGUACACAUUAAGUUUACAAGAAGAUAUACUGUUCAUCCCGAACGGUUAAAUGAUUUUCCUAGCUGUUACAAUGCAUCGGAUACAGAACAAGGCUGGUACGAGGUUUGGGAAAAGAAUAAAUUUUUUCAACCACAAAAUACCAAUGAGAUAUAUAGGAUGAUUUUACCACCUCCAAAUGUUACCGGAACAUUACAUUUAGGUCAUGCUUUGACAGUGACAGUUCAAGAUAUUCUAGCACGAUGGUAUAGGAUGAAGGGAUUUCCAGUUAUUUGGGUCCCAGGGUUUGAUCAUGCCGGUAUAGCUACGCAAGCUGUAGUAGAAAAAUAUUUAAGUAAAACAAAGAAUAUCAAAAGAAAUAGUUUGACUAGAACAGAAUUUCAUACAAUUGUAAAUGAUUGGAAAAAUAAUAAAAGUAAAAAAAUUAAAAAUCAAUUAAAAGAAUUGGGAGCGAGCGUAGAUUGGUCAAGAGAAUAUUUCACUAUGGAUGAACAUCACAGUAAAGCUGUCAAGGAAGCAUUUGUCAUAUUGAAUAAAAGACAGCUGUUAUAUAGAGACAAGAGCUUAGUAAAUUGGUCUUCGGCCUUGGGUAGUACUUUGUCCGAUAUUGAGUUAGAAUUUGAGACUGUAACUGGGAAAGUAGACCUGUCGGUGUCUGGCUAUAAUAAUAAAGUUACUUUCGGACAAAUUUACGAAAUUUCUUAUGAUUUAAUAAAUUCAGAUGAUAAGUUAAGUGUUGCAACAACAAGGCCUGAGACAUUGCCAGGUGAUGUAGCUCUUGCCGUUCAUCCAGAUGAUGAGCGAUAUAGCCAAUUUAUAGGUCAGCUGGUAUGGCAUCCUUUGAAAAAAACUUCCUUACCUGUGAUAGCUGAUGAAAAUGUGAAGAGAGAUUUUGGCACGGGUAUUGUAAAAAUAACACCUGCCCAUGAUAAGUUGGAUUUCAACAUUGCCAAAAAACAUGGUUUAAAAAUGAUCGAAGUCAUUAACGAAGAUGGCAAAUUAACGAAAGAGGCAGGUCGUUUUCAGGGAUUACCAAGAUUCAUUGCGAGAGAAAAUAUUUUAACGGAGUUGGUGAAUCUGAAUGCCUUAAAAUCAGUAAAAGAUCAUCCCAUGCUAAUUCCACGAUGUUCACGAACAGGAGACAUUAUAGAACAAUUAUUGCGAGAGCAAUGGUUUAUCAGUUGUAAAAAUAUGGCAUCAAGAGCAUUUGAAGCUGUUAAAAAUGGAUCGCUAAAACUUAAUCCUUCAAUGUAUAAUGACAUAUGGCUUGAUUGGCUUAACGAUACUAAUUAUAGAGAUUGGUGUGUUUCAAGACAAUUAUGGUGGGGUCAUCAAAUACCUGCCUAUUAUUAUAAACAAAAUUAUAUUAAACAUUGGGUAGUUGCAUCAUCCGAAGACGAAGCUUUAAAACAUUUUAGGACACAAUAUGGAAAUUCCGUUUGGGUUCAACAGGAUAGUGAUGUCCUCGAUACAUGGUUUUCUUCCGCACUAUUACCAAUUUCAUCUUUCGGUUGGCCAAAUCAAACAGUGGAUCUUAAAAAAUAUUAUCCUUUAAGUAUUAUGGAAACAGGACAUGACAUUUUAAUUUUUUGGGUUGCUCGAAUGGUUAUGUUAGGACUGGAAUUGACCGAUAAACUUCCAUUUAACGAGGUAUUAUUGCACGGAAUUCUUUGUGACGCCCAAGAGAAAAAAAUGUCAAAAAGUCGUGGUAAUGUAAUAUUUCCAGAGAACGUUAUAAAUGGGGUCUCUUUACAGAGCUUAAAUGAACAAGUAGAGAAUAACUUUUUCACUGGUAUUUUGAACAUAGAUGAAUUAAAAGAAACAGUAGCCAUGAACACAAAAAAUUAUCCAAAUGGUAUAGCUAAUUGUGGCGUUGAUGCUCUGCGAUUUACAUUAUGUUCCCAUAACAUUAAAGAGCGUACGGUGACGUUCGAUAUUACCGAAUGCGAACAAAACAAAUUUUUCCUGAAUAAGAUUUGGCAAGCUAGUAAAUAUUUAUUACAAAUGACAAACGACUAUCCAAUUGUAUUUCCUCAAACUUUAACUACAAUUGAUAAAUGGAUAUUAAGUCGACUGUCAUUCAUGGUGGAUUCUGUUAAUAACGGAUUUGAUGAAAAGGCUUUUUAUAAAGCGGUAUCAAGUAUAAAACAAUUUAUGUAUUAUGAAUUUUGUGAUUAUUAUCUGGUGAGUUUUUAAUUCAACGUAAUGAAAGUAAAGUAUGACAUUAAAUAAUUAAAAUUGAAUCAUUUUUAAGGAAGGAACAAAAUUGGGAUUUAAAAGUAAAGAGAUCGAUGUCAUUACUAGUCAUAGAUAUACAUUAGCAAAAUGUUUAGAAGUAACAUUGAGGAUUUUAGCACCGAUAACUCCGUAUUUUAGCGAUGAUCUGUACUCGAAAUUAUCAAAAAAAUUAUCAACUUUCGUAUUUAAAACGUCCUUACUGGAAAGUUCCUAUCCAACUAAUCGAGAAGUUGAAGAUUUACGGAACGUUGAAUUGGAACAGGACAUUAAUAAAGUUACGAAACUAAUUUCCUUUUUAAGAAGUUUAUUAAGUAAUGUGCCGAAACGAAAGGACGCAAAAGGCUGUAUUGUUGUUAAUACUUUGGAAGAUCAAAAAUUGUACGAGGAAAAUAUUAAUCUUAUAUCGGGAGUUAGCAGAUUAUUGAAAAUUGAAGUUUCUCAAGCGAAAAACUACAAAGGAAAUAAAAAUAAUAUCAGUAGUAAUACCGAUCUUAAUUGUUUUAUCGAUCUUAUAAUUAAAGACCAAGCAGUUCUUAAUGAAGUAAAACAGAAAAUACAAACAAAGAAAGUGAAA